AUACUAGCGCAUUUCCAUUUUCAAAUAGUGACAAAACAAAUAUCAUAGCAACCGCUGCUAGGGCGUAAAAUUCGUCGGGAACGUCGAGGCAACAUAGCUUAUUAAUAAUGGAUUCUUCAGAAAAUAAACAGUUGAGUGAAACAGAAUACAAGCAGAAAAAACGUGAGGAACUCAAAGUGUUCUUCAAGGAUUUAUCGGUGUCGCAAGAUGUUUUAGAUCGAAUUAUAGAAAAUGAGUUGUGUCCCGUCACGGAGGACAAGCCAUACAUUGCAGCUCAUUCAAGUUCGGAAGUUAAGUCAGAGUAUGAGGUAAUGACUGGACAGCCAUUUACUACUGUUGAUGAUUAUUCUAAACCUCUCACCACAGAGGAAAUAAAAGAUAAGAUUAAAGGUAGCUCAGUGAUUGCGGAGAAGGCAAGACAGAUUCAAAUUCUUGGUCAGACGGAGGCUAAAAGUCGAUAUGUGCCUAUUGAUAAACUAUGUGUACCUUCGUACUCUGAACUAAGCAAAGAAAUUGAAGCUGCGGAUGGAGAUGAAAGAAAAAUUGAAGAAAUUAAAUAUAGACAUAUGAAGGCUUUGGUUAAGUCGGCUGAUGAAUUUGAUAAUCAAAACCAGAUUAACGUUUGUGAGAAACCAGUUGAGAAUACAGCAAAUUUAGACGGAGGUUCUAUAACUGACGAUGAGGAAUUCGAAGCCAUAGAUAAAAUUGUAACACAGUUAACAAAUAAACCAUAUGAAGUACGUUAUCAAGAAACCUUGCGAAAAAUUCAAGGUAUAAAAGACAUUCAGCCCGAUGAAACCACGAGUAACUUGUUAGAUAUCGAAGGUACCGAAUUGAUAGAAGAAAAUUCUAGUGGUAGUGUGAAUGAUGGUGCAAGUACUUCCAAGGAAGUAAAAUCUUGCCAGAACGAAACCGUUAAUUUAAAUGUACGUAAAAGUUCUCUUACACCUAGUUUAGAGGCGAUACAAGAAGAAAUUAUAGCUUCUAGUAACAAUAAUGUAAAAAAUGUUGAUACGGAUAAGUCUGUUCCUAAAAACUUUGAAUUUAAGCUCAAGAGAACUGAGAGCGUACUACGUGAUAUUGAUAAUAUUUUAAGUAGUUUCACUAGGGAUGGUAAGAAAGAUAGUAAAGAUGAACCUACAGCUAUGGCAGGUACGGAAGAUUUAGAUAUAACGAAUACUUUAUCUGAUUCUAAAAAAAAUAACGAUGUUGAUGCUGAUGACAAAUUGAAGCAAACAUAUGAGGAUGACCAGAAAUUAGUAAUUAAAGACAACUACUGCGAAGUUGAAAUUAAGGAAAUGGAAAAUUUUAUAAAUAAUAUUGUGGAUAAUGCAGAAAACUUGAGUUUACUUAUAAAUGAAGACGUAACUAAUAAACUGAAUAGUAUGAAUGAGUUAUUGGGUGAAGUUAAUGAAGCUUUGGAAGAAUCUAGGAAAUCUAAUAUAAGGUAUGAACAUCUAAUAAAAGGUAAAAGUAAGAAUGUUUCAACACGUCAAAGUAUUGAUGAGCAGGAUGCAUUGGCUAAUGAGAAAGAUGACUCAAAAUCGACGGGUAAUAUCCCCAAAAGUUCAGUUUCCCAGACCGAUAUUGAUGAUAUUUUUAAAUCAAUAAACUCACUAAAAGAUGAAAUAAAACAUCACGAAAACAGAGUUGACCGCUGUGCAGAAACAUAUGACAUAAGAAAUAAGCAAUGCCAAGAUGUUAUAGCGGAAAUCGACAAUGUUUUAAACAAAUCUAAAAACAUCCUACACCCGACACAUACUGACGAAAUUGAAGUUGAUAACAAAGGUACCAAAGAUCUUAUUAAUGAAAAUAUUUAUAAAAAAGAUGAAUCUUUACAAAAAGAAUUUAAUUUUGCACAAAAUGAUCAAAAAGUAGAUGCCUUAUUGCAUAAAAUUAAGGACAAUAUGAAGCACAAUAAAGAAGUUUUGAGAAUGGCUGAUAACCUAUUGAAAAUAAAAGAUAAUAAUAGUAACGAAAAUAAUUGUAAAAUUACAGAUGUAAAUUCUGGUGCUGACUUACAAGCACAAGGAGAUUACAAAAGAAGCAACACUAACAUUAUAGAAAUGGGUGAUGCUACUGAAACUAAGGGAGUAUCAUCACUCGAAGAAUAUUCUAUAAAUGCUAAUGAAAGUGAAAAGAGAACAAAAGAAGAAGAAAAGAAAAAACAAAUAAUGUAUUACAAGGAGAAAAUGGAGAAAGAAAACGAAGAGAAGAACCGUGGUCCACAAAUGACGAAGCAGUUUAUAAAAAAUCAUUGCAAGCAAAAUAAACUUUAUUCGACGCCGUAUUUGAAUGACAUCUUGUACUUGCAUUUUAAGGGUUUCUCUAAAAUAGAAAAUUUGGAAGAAUACACGGGAUUGAAAUGCAUUUUUUUAGAAAAUAACGGUAUACAAAAAAUCGAAGGUUUGGACACACUGGCCGAACUGAAAUGCCUCUAUCUGCACUACAAUAUGAUCAGAAAGAUCGAGAAUCUUCAGGGAUGUCCAAAAUUAAAUACUCUGAAUUUGGAUCAUAAUUUCGUGACAAAAAUUGAAAAUUUGGAUGUUGUACCUGACUUGCAAACUUUGAAUAUUGCUCAUAACAUGGUGGCUACUGCUGACGAUCUGGAGCAUUUGAGAUUUUGCCAUAAUUUAUCCGUACUAGAUCUGUCCUACAACAGACUAGAGGAUCCCCUAAUUGUGGACGUUCUGGCAGACAUGUUGACCCUAAAAGUGCUUGUGCUGACGGGUAACCCAGUGGUCAGGAACAUCCCUUCCUACCGCAAGACCCUCACGCUGCGUCUGAAGGAGUUGUUGAACCUGGACAACAGACCGGUGUUCCCGCGGGACCGCGCAUGCGCAGAGGCGUGGCAGCGAGGCGGGAUACAGGAGGAGAUGGCUGAGAGGAAACGAUGGAUAGCUAAAGAACACGAGAAAACAAUGCAGAGCGUCCGUUGUCUAAUAAAAAUGCGAGACAAGAACAAGGCGCGGAGAGAAAUGAGAGAAAAUGAGGAAAAAGAAAAAUUGGGACAAACUACUAAGGAUGAUGCAAACGAAGAAAAUGACUCAGAAGAAAGAUUUGGCGCAAAAAUUGAAACAGAGGGUGACGUGGCUGUGGAUAUGCUAUCCGGAUCUGAAGCAGAGGAUUCUAGCAGCAGUGAAGAUGAAGAUGAAGAUGAUGAUCUCCAUAGGAAUAAAGAUAUCGAUAUAAAAGGAAAUAUUGAAUGGUCGGCUUUGGAUGCCGGCAAACGUUUAGUACAGGAGAUUAAUGACGAUAUUGGGCAAGAAGAGUGGUGUGGAUUUCAUCAGAUGCCUUCGAAAGAAAACAACUCAAGUGAUAUUCUAGCUGUAAAUGAUCUGUUGUUUAAUAAAGCAAAUGAACCUGAAAAGAACACUACAAAUAGAAUAAUGAUAUCUGAAAUUGUAGAAGAUGACAAAAUUAGUCGUGAAAAUAAAAUGGAAACCAAUAUUAAGGAAAAGGCAAUAAACGUAGAUCACAAAAAGCCUUUGAUUGAAAUAAUUGAUUGUGUUAAGGAAUCUGCCGGAUUUUAUAAUGACGAUAAGAAAAAGGAAAUUAGGUGUGAUACCAUUCAAAAGGAUACAAAUGUAGUCUCAUCAGAUGCAAAGCAAAUGGGAAUACAGGAAGAAAACAAGACACAGAAGGCAGGCGAAAAUUUAUCAUUCGUGGAGUACAUGAGGCAGAUGAAUUCAGAUGACCCACAAGAAGUUGAACCUAAUGAGGAAGAUUUGGUUAUACUUAAGGAGUUGGAAGAAGAACAGAAGGAGAGAGAAGCAAGAAUCGCAAUGGGAAAACCAGCUAUAGAUCCAAUGAAGCUUUAUCAUAAAGAAACAAUGGAGGCGUUUUAUCAACGCGAGGACAUGGUUUCUGCUCAUCAAGUAACAGAACCCAGCCAUGUGACCGAAUACAGAACCAACAACGCCUUUGAUCGCAUCGCUUUGAGCCAACGUUCGUCGGAGAACGACGAAACCAAAGUAAAACUUACCCGUGUACCUGGAGCGACGUUGGUUCAGUACGUUGACAGUCACGAACAAAACAACACGCUCGCUUUACCUCAACUGAAUGAUGAAACUAGUGUAUCAGAAGAAAUGCUGUCCAGUGACGGCCAAAACGAUGAACAAGCGAUCUACGACGACCUCACAGUUAUAGCGAAGCACACCAGCAGAAUUGAAAACCAGAAAAAUACGAUCAUCGAACAUUUCACUGAUAAUUUGGAUAAUGUUAGCCUGGAACAAGUAUCGACUGUUCUCGAAAGUCACUUGGUUGGAACCAGCCGUGGCAAGUCAGAAUUGUCUUACACCUACUACGCUCCCAGCUCCGAUGAAGAAGACAUGGAAACUACACUCACAGCAAAUGGAAGUUUCAAUUUGGAUGACACUUUGACUGAAACAUUCGUCGAAGCCGAUGAUUCGGGUAUUUUUAAUAUUUCUCUUGAAAAUAAUGAGACUGGGAAUGAAAAAUGUGAUGAACACAAUGCACAUAAUGAUGAAAAUGUCAAAGUGAAUGUACUAGACGUAGUUAACAUGGGCGAAGAAACCAUAAAUGCGUCGAAAAUUACUGAUACUUCUAAAGAAAGAGAUGAAGAUCCUUCAAAAGUUACCACAGAAAAUGAUAAAGAUGCUAAAAAUAUUCCUAGAGAUACUAAAAGUGUUGAUGAAGACAAUCUUGGUGAUAAAGACGAACAAAAAGAUGAAUUAUUUGAAGAUUGCGUCGAAGUGCCGAUUGUAGAAAGCAAAAAUGAAAACUACACUCUAGAAAUGAAAUUAGCACUAAGAAUAACUGAUAAAGACUAGUUACUAUUAAUUAUUAUUAAUUUCAAAAGUUUAAAAUUAUAUUCAGUAGUCUAAUAUUCUGUAAGUAGACACUAGACAAGCAAAGUACUUACCAAAGUUUGUUUUUAAGUUUCUCGUUAGAUUUUAACACAGGAUUUAAGUAUCCAGAAGAAUAGUUUAUGCGAAGA